GUGGGCCCUGCGCGUAAUGGCUGUGCCGUGUCCUCGCGUCCAUCUUUACCGCUCUCUUGGACCUGUCACAAAGGAGUCGCGCCGCUGUCGCUGUUCCCUCCCUCCGGUGGGCCCGGGAGCUAGUGGAAGUCAGUGCCACAGCCCAACCUCGCUGCUCUGGGAAGGCCCUGGGGGACGUGGCCGGGGAGGGAGCCUACGGGCUAGGGACGUCUGUGAGGGAAGGGCGCAGCCGCUAGAGCCUGGGUCGGAGAGAGCGGACUGGGGCCGCGGCCGGCUCCGGGCAGGGGUCUGGGAGAGGGUGGCGCUUGGCAGAGCCUGGGAAGCAACCGGCACGUUCUCCGCCGAGGCCCGCGCUGGAGGCGCCUGAAGCGGUUCCUGGAAGAGGGUGUUUCCCUUUGGGGGAUCUUGCCUGGAGGAGGUCCUGGGGUCACCCUUCCGACGAGACUGCGGCUAAGCGGGCCCAGAACUGCCAGUGCAUGGCCAGCAUUCCUGGUGGUUGAUAAUGUUGGAAGUCAGCUGUCCGACCUUCUCCAGCACGCAGUUGUUAAAAAUGAAUAGAAUGCGAGUUCAACUCCGCAUCAUGGAAACAGUACCUGGGAAAUUGAAAACUAUCUAAAUGAUUGUCUUUGGUUGGGCUGUGUUCUUAGCAAGCAGAAGCCUUGGCCAGGGUCUGCUGUUGACUCUCGAGGAGCACAUAGCCCACCUGUUGGGGACUACAGGUGCCACUACUACUAUGGGUAAUUCCUGUAUCUGUCGAGAUGACAGUGGAGCAGAAGACAGUGUUGACACCCACCAGCAGCAGGCUGAAAACAGUGCAGUCCCUACUGCUGACACUAGGAGCCAACCUCGGGACCCUGUUCGGCCUCCAAGGAGAGGCCGAGGACCACAUGAACCAAGGAGAAAGAAACAUAAUGUGGAUGGGUUAGUGCUGGAUACACUGGCGGUAAUACGGACUCUUGUAGAUAAUGAUCAGGAACCUCCCUACUCAAUGAUUACAUUACAUGAAAUGGCAGAAACAGAUGAAGGAUGGUUGGAUGUUGUCCAGUCUUUAAUUAGAGUUAUUCCAUUGGAAGAUCCAUUGGGACCAGCUGUUAUAACCUUGUUACUAGACGAAUGUCCAUUGCCCACUAAAGAUGCACUCCAGAAAUUGACUGAAAUUCUCAAUUUAAAUGGAGAAGUAGCAUGCCAGGACUCAGGCCACCCUGCCAAACAUAGGAACACAUCUGCAGUCCUUGGCUGCUUGGCUGAGAAACUAGCAGGUCCUGCAAGCAUAGGUUUACUUAGCCCAGGAAUACUGGAAUAUUUGUUACAGUGUCUGAAGCUACACUCCCACCCUACAGUCAUGCUUUUUGCAUUGAUUGCACUGGAAAAGUUUGCCCAGACAAGUGAAAAUAAAUUGACUAUCUCUGAAUCCAGUAUUAGUGACCGACUGGUCACCUUGGAGUUGUGGGCUGAUGAUCCUGAUUACCUGAAACGUCAGGUUGGCUUCUGUGCCCAGUGGAGCUUAGACAAUCUCUUUUUAAAAGAAGGUAGACAGCUAACCUACGAGAAAGUGGACUUGAGAAACAUUAGGGCCAUGCUGAACAGCAAUGACGUCAGCGAGUACUUGAAGAUCUCACCUCACGGCUUGGAGGCUCGCUGUGAUGCCUCUUCCUUUGAGAGUGUCCGCUGCACUUUUUGUGUGGACACUGGGGUGUGGUACUACGAAGUAACAGUGAUCACUUCUGGUGUCAUGCAGAUUGGCUGGGCUACUCGGGACAGCAAGUUUCUCAACCACGAAGGAUACGGCAUUGGGGACGAUGAGUAUUCCUGUGCCUAUGAUGGCUGCCGGCAGCUGAUUUGGUACAAUGCCAGAAGUAAGCCUCAUGUGCACCCGUGCUGGAAGGAAGGCGACACAGUAGGGUUUCUGUUAGACUUGAAUGAAAAGCAAAUGAUCUUCUUUCUAAAUGGCAACCAGCUGCCUCCUGAGAAGCAAGUCUUUUCAUCCACCGUAUCUGGAUUCUUUGCUGCGGCUAGUUUCAUGUCAUAUCAACAAUGUGAGUUCAAUUUUGGAGCAAAACCAUUCAAAUACCCACCAUCUAUGAAAUUUAGCACUUUUAAUGAUUACGCCUUCCUAUCAGCUGAAGAAAAGAUCAUUUUGCCAAGGCACAGGCGCCUCGCUCUGCUGAAACAAGUCAGUAUUCGAGAGAACUGCUGUUCACUCUGUUGUGAUGAGGUAGCAGACACACAGCUGAAGCCGUGUGGACACAGCGACCUGUGCAUGGAUUGUGCCUUGCAACUGGAGACCUGCCCAUUGUGUCGUAAAGAAAUAGUGUCUAGAAUCAGACAGAUUUCUCAUAUUUCAUGACACAUGUGAAGAGAUACCAUGGACAUAUUUCUACUCGAUUCCAACAAUGUUGAAAUGGAAAGGAAAAAAAAACACACGAACAUCUCUUACCAGUUGUACGCACAUUGAAACUUAUAGCCAUGGCCAGAUUUUAUGCUAAAAUUGGUAGUUUGUCAAAGACAAAUUCUCUUAGAAUCUAAUCCAACUUGCCAGCCCUGAAUUUCUUUUGAGGCCUAGGAGGCCGGAUGUCAGCAGCUGGGCCUGUGGUACUUCCAUGAAAAACAGCAGGUGACAAGGGUCUCCUGAAUGCUGAAGCCACGCCGGAAUUCAUGUUGGGUUCAUUUGGUUGUUUACACAAGGUGUUUGCGUCUUAGUCCACAGUUUUUAUUUUGGGGUUAAGUCAUUUUGGAGAAAUAAUUGACAGCGUGUCUGGGUUGAGCAUCAUUGAUCAGAGAAACCCCGGUGUGUUAAGCAUGGAUAUUGCACUGCAAGACUUGAAUCUAUAAAUGUAGCAUCACACAGGUCAUUACUUCAAGCAACAUGGAGAUGCGGAAAGAAGGUGCAUAGACUGUAGGAAAAAAACAAAACAAACAAGAAAAAAACCCAAAUUUUUUUUAUAUUUUAGUGAUCCCAAGGAACAUUCUAGUUUUUUUAAACUACAGAAAAUUGGUGGUAUUUUCACAUUCAUGGUGUUUCUAUCCAGUUUCAGUACCCACAUUUUGUGAGGAAAAAUGUUUUACCACUGCAGGAGGAACUCUUAACCCAGUUGCAAUGUUAGACUGGAAAAAAUUUGGUAGUUAGUGUAUCUUUGAGGUACCAGCAAAUCAGGUUUUUUUUUUUAUUUUUAAAAAAUUUUUAAUCAGUAUUGUUUUUGGAAAUCAUAUACUUUGAAACGCUUGAAUUAAUAGUCUCUAGAGGACAGUCUGAGAACACAUAUCCUGUUGUUUAAAUAAAUACAUGUUUUUGAGUAGCAAGUUCAAUCAUGAAUUGUUGACUCUGUCUUCAUCAAGUGUUUUUAUCCCUCUCAGGGUCUCUGGUGAAGGCCUCAAGAGCUUGCUUUUUUUUUCUCUGAGAAAAUUGGAAGGUAGAAUUGUAAAUUUUUUAAGACUUAUUUCAUAAUGGUGUACCUCAGCAACUGCCUUUCAAUUUAUGCCAAGUCCUUACUGAGUUUAUACUUGAACAGUAGAUGUCUUCAGAGUUUUACGGUGUCUUAAAUUCACUGCACAUUCUUUUCCUUCCUUUUCCCUCUUUCUUGUUUGUAGUUCAUUAAACCUGUCCUACCACGGAGGUGACUGCCUUCCUGGCUGUACUUGCUGGGGUGCUGGAUUUUUCCAUGUCUCACUGGUCUUCCAUAAAUCCAAAUAUAUAUAUAUAAGUCUAUAUACAGAUAGAGUUAUGUGUCCUCCUUCAGCUUGUGGUGAAUGCAGUAAUUUGCAUUAAAGAAUAAAGUAUCUGUUGCAUUUUUUACUCUAACACGUCCCAGCUCUCAUUGGUGUCCUCUCCUAAAGCUCCUACUCUCAGGGUAGGAGAGAACCAAGUGUAAGAACUAAGGAAGAAAGUCAGACCUGUGAUACCAGCACUCAGAAGGCUGAGACUGGAAGAUUCACAUGAGUUUGUAGGCAGCCCAGACUGCUCCACAGUGAGUUCCAGUUAGGGCUAGAUAGCACUGGAUCAUUAGGUCAGGGGUAGAAUACUGCCUGGCAUGUGUUCCUUCCCUGGAACCUCAAAGGAAAAGAAAACUAAGAAUUAAGUUUAGAGACCAGCCUGGUCUACAAGAGCUAGUUCCAGGACAGGCUCCAAAACCACAGAGAAACCCUGUCUCAAAAAACCAAAAAAAAAAAAAAAAAAAGAAUUAAGUUUAGCCAGGCAUGAUGCAUGCCUUUUGUUCCAGCACCUGGGAGGCAGAGACAGACCAAUCUAGGAGUUCCAGGCCAGCCAGGACUACAUAUUCAUCAGGUAGCUCUUCAUUGAUAGGCUUCAAUAGGUGCUGGCACUGUGCCUGUGUGACUUGUCAGAUACCCACUUACGGGGCAGCAGCAGGAAGAAGCAGUGUAAUUUCUGUGUACUGUGAUAAUUUUAUAGUGCCAUGAAGGAUAAGAAUAUGCUACCCAGAAGUAUGUAGUUAUGGGGAGAAUGAGGCAGAACAACUUUAGAUAUUUGGGUAACAUGGGUAAAGGGAAGUUGUCAGAAGAAAACUAAGGGAGACAUAAGGAUGUAGCCAGGCAGAGGGAUGAGGACAGACUUCUAGGAGUAGGUAUCUAAGUGGGCAUAGCACUGUGGUAAAGGUCCUCACUAAGAAGGAAAGCUGGUGCAGGGGAGAUAGGACGUGGUGGGAAUAGUGUGCUCUGCCACAGGAGCUGUGCAUGAAGCCCAUGGUAAGGAGUUUGUAUUUCCUCCGAAAUACAACAAAAAGGCAAUUGUUUAUUAAGCUUGGAAAUGCCUGAAUAGUGUUCUUAGAGAAUGGUUCUGCCUUCUGCUUGGGAAUAGAAUAGAAGAGUAGGUGGGGCGGAGCUAGGGAAGCAGAAAAUCUAAUACAACAGGGGCUAACAGAUUACAGGAACCUGCCAGCUUUCUAGAAGUUUCCCCUUGAACUUUGUUCCUAAAGUGGCCUGCUCUUCCAAUUUUUAACUUUGAGACUAUAGAACAGAAGAGCUUCAGUAGGGAAUUGAUUAACCAUUUGGAGUGGAAGCACAUUUAUCGUGGGGUCACUUUUAAAAGAUACAUACUUCAUAUAGAAGAGAAAGAAAUGGACUGGUAAGCCACAUGCAGACUCAAACAGUCACUAAGUCAGAGGGAGAAAAGAACUUGUUAGGGCAUUUCCACAGUGAUUCCUUGGGGGGAAAUCUAGAGUUUCAGCCAGAAAAAAAAAUAGUGAAUUGCCAUCUUCUUUUGAAUGAUGUAAGACAGGAAAAUAUCAUGGUGCCAUUUGCAGAGUUCCAGAAAAUAAUGAUUGUGCCACAGAAACUGAAACCAUGUUGGUCAGCAAUAGAAAAUGAUUUUUAUGAUUUGAACCAUCUUUAAUAUGUAUCCUUGAAAACAAACCAGCUCUUUCCAGUGUUGUCCACUCUUUUAUCUUGUGCUACUGCUUAGUCACUUAGGAGAUAUAUGUGUAAUUUUUUAAUAAAUAUACAUAUAUAUAUAUAUGCUUUUGAGGCAGGAUCUCACUGUGUACCUUCCACUAGUCUAGCCUAGGACCAGCUGUGUAGAUCAGUCUGGCAUGGAACUCAGAGAUCCUGCUGCCUCUGCCUCCCAGUUCUGGAAUUAAAAGGCUUGUGCCACCCCCCACCCCCCCCGGACAGGAAUAGUUUUUUUGUGUUUAUGUUUUUUGCUGGGUUUGGUUUGGUUGUUUUUUUUGACAGGGUAUAUUACCAUGUAGCUUUGGAUGUCCUAGAACUCACUCUGUAGACCAGACUGACCUCAAACUUAGAGAUCUGCCUGCCUCUGCCUCCCAGGUGCUGGGACUAAAGGUGUGUGCCACUACGCCCAGCAGAAAUAGUUUUAAUGUGGCUAGUUAUGGUGGCUGAUACCUAUAAUGCCAGCAUUUUACGGGCAUGUGGUUUGCUAGGAAUUUGAAGAUAGCCUAGAUUACAUUGUGAGUUCCAGGUCAGCCUGGGCUACAGAGUAAGAGCCCAUGGCUAUACAAGAGGACUCAGGUUUGAUUUGCGUGGUAUUGGUGUCUCACAACCAUCUGUAACUCCACUUCCAAGUGAUCCAACACCUUCUGGUGUCCUCAGCCAACAGGCAUGCAUGUGGUGCAAAGACAUAUAUGCAAGCAAAAUAUCCAUACACGUAGAAUAAAUGUUUGAAAGGGUUUUUGUUUGGUUUUGUUUUGAUGUUUUUUCCUAAUGAAAAAGUGCUGGCAAGAUGAUCAUUCAGCAGGCAAAGGCACUUGGCACCAAGCUAAUGACCUGAGUUUGAUCCCUGGCCUCCAUAUUGUAGAAGGAGAGAACCAACUCCUGCAAGUUGUCCUGACCUCAUGCACUGUGCACUGCCAUGUGUAUGCAUACA